UUUGAGCCAGUAUCCUACAUUUGUAUUUAAAGAACUCGACAUUCGUUAUCUAUGAAUAUGCUCAGAAGAAUUUUAAACAGAGUUGCAAAAUUAAUGUAUGGUUCGCACACUGACGAAGGUGAUGAAGGCCCACCACCUCUGAUGUCAAUACCCUGGAGAAACUUUGAGUGGAAGGGGAAAGAAGUACUAUUACAAGAGGUUUCAACGUUUCAAGUAAAGGGCGGGGUCAAGUACCUGAACUGUUUGCUCUUGGGGCAAUCUGCGUCUGGUAAAACCUCCUUUUUUAAUACAUGUGCUACUGCUCUCAAAGAUGAGAAUAGAGUUUUGGCUCCAUUGUCAGUAUACAAACCAUCUGGAAGCAGUGUCACCUCCACUUUUGAGACCCAUCCCUUAUACACCAAGAGUGACAAAAUAUUACCAUUAAGAAUAUUUGAUUGUCGUGGUCUGCACAAUGCUGACGGUGUUACAACAGAAGACGUUAGAUUAAUGAUUGAAGGUCAUAUCAUAAGCGGAUAUCAGAUAAAUCCCUGCGUGCACAUACAAAACAAUCAUGCAAAUUACCGAAAAAACCCACAGUUUGGAGACAAAAUGCACUGCCUCGUGUAUGUGGUAAAUGCCGACAACCCAAAUGCAGCAUUAGCUGGAGAAAAGGCGAUAGAGAUAUUCGCAAACAUGCGAAAAUUAUUAGCACCUUUAAAUGUACCACAACUAGUUCUGAUGAACAAGGUAGACAGGCUAAGAGCAUCAUUGUCUGAGGACAUUUCACAGGUCUUCAGAAGCGAAGAGGUUCACAGAAAGUUUAGAGCUGUUGCGGAUUUUAUGGAACUUCCUGAAAUGAAUGUUUUGCCGAUGUCCAAUUACCAUAAAGAAACAUCCCCCGACCUUAAAAAAGAUAUACUAGCUUUGUCCAAUUUGAAAGUGAUAAUAGAUAGAGGAAAUGAUUUUAUACAGAGGCAACAAAAAAAUUCCACGCCCGAUGACUUUUUUAAUUAAACAAAAAAUAAUGAAAAAUGACAUUUCGUAUUAACGGUAAAUCUGAGAACUUUGAAACCACAAACGAGUUGGUAUUUAAA